AUGGAAGAUAAUGCGUUUCAAAUAGUGACCGACCGAAGAUUCGAUAUCGGUCAAAAACAAGCGGAAUCUUUGGCCGUGCCGAAACUCAGUGUUUAUGAAUUGCCCUGCUUCGUUCGGGCUAAUAAAAUGCAACUGGUCACAAAAGUGUGUCUCUAUCGAAGCCCCUACACAAUCUGUUAUUUAACAGAGGAUCGUAUUAUACUGCCUAAUGAUCACAGUUACAAAUCUAUUGGUGUUAAGCGUAAUACUAGCGAUUUAAAUAUUGGUGAUCAUAUUGAAGUAAAAAGCGACUUAAUAUCAGAAGCAAAUUCUAAAAGACUGUUGAAGUUGAACACAUCAGCUUUAUUUUUACAGCCUUUUCUUAAGGAAUGUAUAAAUUCAGAUGUGUAUAGAAUAAAUGUAAUUAGAUAUUUAAAUAAAUUAAGUGGCUAUCCAAACAGUGGGACCGUAUUCUUAAAUUUGAUUCUAGAACCUCCAGAUAAGGAAGUAAUUGAUUAUGCUUGGAACACAAGAAUUUCACGUUUAGUAUGGACUAGAGUAGAAAUAGAGAAUGCAUUUUCUUGGCUUUCCACUCUUGGUGGAGCUUACUCUGCUUUAGGUGACUAUUUUGAGUAUUGUGCUGAAGAAGCAGGAAAAAUAUCAAUGCGGCAAUACAAACUAUCUAAAAUGCUAGGUGAUGACAGUUUAGCUGCUAGAAGUAGAUUAUAUUCUGCAAUAGCAUAUGCCCAAAAGGGAAACAUUAAACUUGCUAAACAUAUAGUUAGGAACAUUGCUGCAUUUGCGAGAAAAACUCAUGAUAUAAGGUUGAACAGAAUGUGCCAAGGUGUGUGGGUCAAAUUAAAAUAUUUACAAGAUAUAAAGAAUAAUGACUUGGACAAUUGCAGGCUAAAAGUGAAG